CACUUACAAAAAAGAGUCUUUUUCUUUGUCACUCACAACUUCACAGGUAGCUCUUGCCUGAUGCCCCGAUCCCCUUUCUCCUUUCCUUGUUCUCUCCGUUCACUCCAAAAUUAUUGAUACUAAAUCAGGCCCGGCUUGUACCGCUGGUAAUUCUUAAUCUCCCAUCAGUUUGCUGUGUUGAUUUGUGCCUUGAGCCUGCUAGUCCUCAGCUGCAGGCAUCCCCGCAGCUCGACUCGCUGGUGCGGCAACAUGGUGACAGUCUUUGACGGCUGGUUUGGCUCAUACGCCUCCUCUGUGUCCUCGGUUUGUAAGAGGCGAUGGAUCAUGGAUGUAUAGCAGGGCCCGAGUAGCAGCUCCAAUGGAGGAGGCGAGAUCGUUGAUCUGCACGUUGUCGUCGCUGUCAGCAUCCGUGUAGGGGAUCCUUGGUCGUGGAUCUCGACUCGCACAGCCAGCGUGGAUUCAGCUUUUGUAUGAGGAUAUUUGGGCCAUUGUCUUCCUCAAUCGUACAAGCCAGACUUCGUCGUUGUUCCCACUCGAGGAAUCCCGACAUCUCGUCGUCUUCCUCCACAACAGCAACAUGUUUCGACCUACAGGUCACGGUUAGACAAACUGAUUCACCCUUUUGGAAAGGGCUCAUAAAAGUUAAGCUUUCAUUUUUUCAGAGGGCAAAGCAUAUAGUUGGUAAUGGUGCCAGCACAAGAUUCUGGGAGGAUACUUGGCUCGGAGGUUAUCUUCAGAGCUACGGCACUUAUCCGUUCUUGGUCGCUACUCACUCCGACGGAGGCCAGGGAGCUUUUGGUUACUGGUGCUAUCCGAUGGGAGACGGUAGCUCGGGAUAUCUUAAGCCGGUUUGGAUGGCGGUCAUGUAAUAGGAUAGGCAAUUAGUUUACCUGUCUAUUUUUGAGCCAACCGGUUGUGGUUUAUCCUUUAUUUGGCUAGCUUGUGUAUCUAGCCUUUGGGCUCUGUGUGAGCCUUUCUUCUUCAUUUUAUUUUGCUACUUUUGAGAUUUCGAGACCUUGUGGAUGAUUUAUUGUUAAUAAGAUGGCCGUAUGCAUCAUGCUGAUGCAGAGGCCGGGGAUCCCCCCCUUUUCGAAAAAAAGGUCC